AUGGGCGAGCCAGUUAGCAUUCGCGGCAGGCGCGUCGCGUCCACGUCAUCUCGUCCUGACCACCGCGCCGCCUUCACUGAAGCCGGCCUCGCGUCGCUUUUCUCUUCCUGCCCGCGCCUCGAGUCCCUGGAGCUGCACUGCCCGCCAAAUCUGACCGCUCUUCCUCCUUCAAUCUGCGGAUUGACUCGCUUGACGGCGUUAAAAAUCACCGCUCGGGGACUGAAACUCCUUCCUGACGGAUUCCGUCAACUCUCCGCUCUCGUCAGUCUGUUCAUUGACUCAGAAGCCCUGGAGAAGCUUCCAGCCGGCUUCGCGACGGACGUCGACGAGACUGUGGGGACUUCCAUUCGACCAAACGAUUCGCGCAUCUCAGAUGCGUAUCCAGCAGACGCGUCGGAGAAUGGCGCUCGUCAAGAUAGCAGCAUACUGGCUCAGGAUAAUAACUCGUCGAUGGUUACUUCGCUCGCCUCCAUCUCCUUGUCAAACACUCUCUCCCCCGCACUUCCCCUCCCCACGCUCUCCGCCCUCCGCCACCUCUCCCUCGACCGCUGCCGCGCUCUCCGCGCCCUCUCCGCAUCCCUCCCCGCCGCGCUCCCCCUUCUCGAAACCCUCGAGCUCCGCGAAUGCGCCCUGCUUUCCGCCGUCCCCGCCUCCCUCCCCGCGCGCCUCCCCCGCCUCCGCGCGCUCACCCUCGCCUCCCUCCCCUCGCUGGCCACCCCCCUCUCCGCGCUCCUCACCUCAUCCCCCCCGCCUGCUCCCGGCGCAGCGGAAGAAUCAGAAAAUGGCGAAUCCGGGGCAGUUUUGGAAGGGGCGAACGGAGAAGCGGCUUGCAUCGGGGCACCUUGUAAGGAGGAUGGGGCGGAGCGCAGGGUAGGACUGGCCCGGCUGGAUCUAUUUGGAUGGAAGCAGCUGCAGGAGUUACCUGCGGAAGCUCUCGCCUCUCUCUCCGCCUCCCUCACUGACUUAAAUAUUUCCAACUGCCCCGCCCUCUCCUCCCUCCCGGACGAGCUUUGCCGUCUGCCCCACCUCCGCUCCCUCUCUCUCCUCUUCCUCCCACUCCUCACCUCCCUCCCUGCCUCCCUCCACCUCCUCUCCCACUCGCUGCACCAUCUGGAGAUCUCCUUCUGUGAGUCGCUGCAGAGUCUCCCCGCGUCCCUCACCGCGCUCUCCGCCCUGCGCUCCUUGCAUCUCGUCGCAUGUGGCGCGCUCACCCGCCUGCCCUCUCCGCCAGUGGCUUUGGCUUUGCGACCCGUUGCGCACGGGGAAACAGUGUCUCUGACUGCCCUCGCAUCUCCCGCCUCCCUCCCUUCCUCUCCCGCGAAUCCUCUCUCCUCAACUUAA